UGGGCUUAACCUUUAAUGUAAUUUCUCUCUGCAAUGGCAAUGGGGUUUCAUUACUUAGUUUUAGUGUGGAUGGUAAUAAGUUGUGCAAUAGCAGAUAAAGCAAAAGACAGAGAGGAGUGCACAAAUGAGUUGACAGGGCUUGCUACAUGUUUGCCUUAUGUUGGAGGUCAAGCAAAAUCUCCAACACCUGAUUGUUGCAGUGGUCUGAAACAAGUCCUCAAGGAUGACAAGAAGUGCUUGUGCGUGAUUAUUAGAGACAAAGAUGAUCCAGAACUUGGUCUCAACAUCAAUGUUACACUUGCUUUAGGUCUUCCUUCUGUUUGCCAUGCACCUGCUAACGUUUCUCAAUGUCCUGCCCUUCUACACUUGGAUCCUAAUUCCCCUGAAGCUCAAGUUUUUUACCAAUUUGGUAAUCACGGUGCAAGUAGCCCCGCUCCAACUCCAAGCUCUACCGCUGGAGGGUCAGGGAACUCCAUCAGUGCAAGCAGCAGCAGCAAGGGGACCAGUGAUGGAUGUUGCAGUAGAAAGAGAUGGGUGGGAUUGGAGAUUGUUUCUGGAGGUGUCUUACUGUUUUAUUUCAUCACUUCAUACAUGUGAUAAGUGGUAAUUGGGGAUGGAUUUGUAUUUCUUGGGCCUGGAGUUGACUGUUUAGUUACUACUGUGUUUUUUGUUUACUAAUUUAAUUCUAGUACCUUUACAAUUGUUGAAGGAAAGAGUUAUGAACCUACAUAAAAUAUUAAUAAUGCAACUGAGAGAUUAAUGCUUGUCAAUACA